GCCUCCUCUGCGCCGCGUCCCCCGGCCGCCUCAGUCCUCGCGGCGCGCCGUUGCCUCGCCGUCGGAGACCGCCCCGCGCCCGCAGCCCGUUCCCGGCGCCGGCGCCGCUGUCGGCGGCCAGCGCUCCGCACAGGCUCGCCCGCCGCGUGCCCGUCUUGGCCGCGGCCCUCCCAGGGUCCCUGGGGCGGGACCAUGGAGGCGGACGGGGCCGGCGAGCAGAUGAGACCGCUACUCACGCGGGGUCCUGAUGAAGAAGCCAUUGUAGAUCUUGGCAAAACUAGCUCAACCGUGAACACCAAGUUUGAAAAAGAAGAACUAGAAAGCCACCGAGCUGUAUAUGUUGGUGUUCAUGUACCAUUUAGUAAAGAGGGUCGUCGGCGUCACAAGCACCGAGGGCACAAACAUCACCACAGGAGAAGAAAAGACAAAGACUCAGAUAAAGAAGAUGGACGGGAGUCUCCUUCUUAUGACACACCAUCGCAGAGGGUGCAGUUCAUCCUCGGGACUGAAGACGAUGAUGAGGAGCACAUUCCCCAUGACCUCUUCACAGAGAUGGAUGAGCUCUGCUACAGAGAUGGAGAGGAGUAUGAAUGGAAGGAGACGGCCAGGUGGCUGAAAUUUGAGGAGGAUGUUGAAGACGGUGGAGACCGAUGGAGUAAACCAUAUGUGGCAACUCUCUCCUUGCACAGUCUCUUUGAAUUGAGGAGUUGUAUCCUGAAUGGGACAGUCAUGCUGGAUAUGAGAGCAAGCACUCUUGAUGAAAUAGCAGAUAUGGUGUUAGACAACAUGAUAGCCUCUGGCCAGUUAGACGACUCGAUAAGGGAGAACGUCAGAGAAGCUCUCCUGAAGAGACAUCAUCAUCAAAACGAGAAAAGAUUCGCCAGUCGGAUUCCCCUGGUUCGAUCUUUUGCAGAUAUAGGCAAGAAACAUUCUGACCCUCACUUGCUUGAAAGGAAUGGCGAAGGCCUGUCAGCCUCCCGCCACUCCUUGCGAACAGGUCUGUCUGCCUCAAACCUUUCCUUGAGAGGAGAAUCGCCUUUAUCUGUUCUUCUCAGUCAUCUUCUCCCUUCUUCGAGAGCUGGAACCCCUGCAGGCUCAAGGUGUACCACCCCAGUACCCACCCCUCACAGCAGCCCUCCUUCCAGCCCUGGCUUAAGUCGCCUGGCCUCCAGAAGUUCCCAGCUGAGUCAGCCUCAGGCCCCAGAGCUACUGGUGUCACCCAGCAGGGAUGAUAUUCCCAGAGUAGUAAUUCAUCCGCCCGAGGAAGACAUAGAAGCACUCAAAGACCAAGAGCAGAAGAAUGAGGAGAAUGUUGACUUCACUCCAGGGAUUUUGGCUUCUCCACAGUCUGCUCCUGGAAACUUGGACAAUAGUAAAAGUGGUGAAAUGAAAGGUAACGGAAGUGGAGGAAGCAGAGAAAAUAGUACUGUGGACUUUAGCAAGGUUGACAUGAAUUUCAUGAGGAAAAUUCCCACAGGAGCGGAAGCAUCCAAUGUUUUGGUGGGAGAAGUGGACUUCUUGGAGAGACCGAUUAUUGCGUUUGUGCGACUGGCUCCUGCAGUUCUCCUGUCCGGGCUGACUGAGGUCCCUGUGCCCACUAGGUUUUUGUUUCUGUUACUGGGCCCAGCAGGGAAGGCCCCACAAUACCAUGAAAUUGGCAGAUCCAUAGCCACUCUCAUGACUGAUGAGAUUUUUCAUGAUGUAGCUUAUAAAGCAAAGGAUCGAAAUGACCUUUUAUCUGGAAUUGACGAGUUUUUAGAUCAAGUAACUGUCCUUCCUCCAGGAGAAUGGGAUCCUUCCAUACGCAUAGAGCCACCAAAAAGUGUUCCUUCUCAGGAAAAGAGGAAGAUUCCCGUGUUUCCCAAUGGAUCUGCUCCAAUGUCUGCCGAGCCUCCUAAGGAGGCUGCUCAUCAUGCCGGGCCUGAGCUGCAGAGGACUGGACGGCUUUUUGGUGGUUUGAUACUUGACAUCAAAAGGAAAGCACCUUUUUUCUUGAGUGACUUCAAGGAUGCAUUAAGUCUGCAGUGCCUGGCCUCGAUUCUUUUCCUAUACUGUGCCUGUAUGUCUCCUGUAAUCACUUUUGGAGGGCUGCUUGGAGAAGCUACAGAAGGCAGAAUAAGUGCAAUAGAGUCUCUUUUUGGAGCAUCAUUAACUGGGAUUGCAUAUUCAUUGUUUGCUGGGCAGCCUCUAACAAUUCUGGGGAGCACAGGUCCAGUCCUAGUGUUUGAAAAAAUUUUAUUUAAAUUCUGUAGAGAUUAUCACCUUUCCUACCUAUCAUUAAGAACCAGUAUUGGUCUGUGGACUUCUUUCUUGUGCAUUGUAUUGGUUGCAACAGAUGCAAGCAGCCUUGUGUGUUACAUUACUCGGUUCACAGAAGAAGCUUUUGCCGCUCUCAUUUGUAUCAUAUUCAUUUACGAAGCUUUGGAGAAACUCUUUCAUUUAGGAGAAAUAUAUGCAUUUAAUAUGCACAACAAUUUGGAUGAACUGACCAGUUACACAUGUGUUUGUGCUGAGCCAUCUGACCCUAGCAAUGAAACUAUAGAACUGUGGAAGAGGAAGAAUGUGACGGCAGAGAGCAUUGUUUGGGGAAACCUCACUGUAUCUGAGUGUAAGACCUUCCAUGGUAUGUUUGUGGGGUCAGCCUGUGGUCCUCACGGGCCCUACGUUCCUGACGUGCUCUUCUGGUGUGUUGUCCUGUUCUUCACGACGUUCUUUCUGUCUUCAUUCCUUAAACAGUUUAAGACCAAGCGUUAUUUUCCUACCAAGGUACGAUCAACAAUCAGCGACUUUGCUGUAUUUCUCACAAUAGUAAUAAUGGUUGCAAUUGACUACCUUGUAGGAAUUCCAUCUCCUAAACUUCAUGUCCCUGAAAAGUUUGAGCCUACUGAUCCAAGUAGGGGCUGGAUCAUAAGCCCUUUGGGAGAUAACCCUUGGUGGACAUUGCUAAUUGCAGCCAUUCCAGCUCUCCUCUGUACCAUUCUCAUCUUCAUGGAUCAACAGAUUACAGCUGUAAUCAUCAACAGAAAAGAACACAAACUCAAGAAAGGAGCUGGCUAUCACCUUGACUUGCUCAUGGUUGGUGUCAUGUUGGGAGUCUGCUCUAUCAUGGGCCUGCCGUGGUUUGUGGCUGCGACAGUGUUGUCUAUAAGUCAUGUGAACAGCUUAAAAGUCGAGUCGGAAUGUUCUGCUCCAGGGGAACAACCCAAGUUUCUGGGGAUUCGUGAGCAGAGGGUCACAGGGCUGAUGAUUUUUAUCCUGAUGGGCCUCUCUGUGUUCAUGACUUCAGUGCUAAAGUUUAUCCCAAUGCCAGUUCUAUAUGGUGUUUUCCUUUAUAUGGGAGUUUCAUCACUGAAAGGAAUCCAGUUUUUUGACCGCAUCAAACUAUUUGGAAUGCCUGCCAAGCACCAGCCAGACCUGAUCUACCUCCGCUACGUUCCCCUGUGGAAGGUGCACGUGUUCACUGUGGUCCAGCUGACCUGCCUCAUCCUGCUGUGGGUAAUCAAAGCUUCUGCUGCUGCAGUCGUUUUCCCCAUGAUGGUUCUUGCACUAGUCUUUGUGCGUAAGCUCAUGGAUCUGUGUUUCACAAAGAGAGAACUCAGUUGGCUUGAUGAUCUCAUGCCGGAAAGUAAGAAAAAGAAAGAAGAUGACAAAAAGAAAAAAGAGAAAGAGGAAGCUGAACGGAUGCUUCAGGAUGAUGGGGAUACUGUGCAUCUUCCAUUCGAAAGAGGAAGUCUCCUACAAAUUCCAGUUAAAACCCUAAAAUAUAGUAUUGACCCUUCAGUUGUUAACAUAUCAGAUGAAAUGGCCAAAACUGCCCAGUGGAAGGCACUUUCCAUGAAUACUGAGAAUGCCAAAGUAACCAGACCUAACACGAGCCCUGAAAAAUCUGUGAGUGUGACAAUAAAUUUCGAAGAUGAACCAUCAAAAAAAUACAUGGAUGCUGAGACUUCAUUGUAAAGCAAACCAAAAGGAAUAUAUAGAGAUAUAUACCCGUCUGUCUGUAUGUAUGUAUAUAUGUGUACAUAUAUACACACACACACAUUAUAUAAAAUGCACAUGUGUCGUGCCAUUGUGUAUUACAGUGCUGCUUGUCACGCUGUUUAUGCGUGACUGGGUCUCUUUGAAGUAGCACCUGACGUUGUGAGCACCAUGGAGACUGUAUUAAUGAAGCGAGGUACAUGGUCUUUACUCUUCAGAUAGUUAUUUUUUGGUGGGGUAAAGCCUUUCUGUUCUGCAAUAGAAAGAUUUGGAAAACUGUAUUCAAUCUGCUUUUCUUAAAUUUCUUUGUCAGUGGCAAUCAUAUCAACCUUAAGUGAUACAUACUUAGUCUAUAUAUUUAUAAUUUUUACCUGGAUUUUGAGAGGUUAUUGUCUCCCUUUUCGUAGUUUUUAUAGGUAGAAUCAGGAGUUUGCCCAUGUUGUGGGAAAUGGCAUAUCCUGGCUUCUCUCUGAGCUUCCUUCACGUAGCUGUCCAUCAUACUUCACAGGGGAUGAACAUCCAGGUGAUUAUAAAUUAUUGGAGACUUUCAGGGUAGGAAAUUGAUAUCUUAGGAUUUAUUUUUAAAUUUUAAAAUUUAUCUGGGCUUCCAUUCUGAUGGACAAGUAAAAAACAAAUUCUGUGUGACUUCUCAUUUAACACCCACACCAUUAACAGCAUUUUGAGUUUUUUAAGAAGCUAUAAAGUGCCCAUUUGCAAUAGUUAAAUUUUGUUACCUUUGUAGUAAGGCUUUUCCAAUACUUAUACUUUUCUAGAAACCCAGAGUCCCACUGUUCUUGUCUUUGCUGUCUUUUACUUAAAGUGGUCUUGUAUGUGUCAGGUUCAGAUGUCUUCUGUUGUAAGUAGUAAUAAAGAGUCUGCCCCCUUCUCUGGGCUUGUCAUCAGUGCUCCUUUAUAAGAAUACCUUUCAUUAUCUGUUGUUAUUCUUUCUAUUGUAUGCAAUGUAUUUAAUAAGUUUUUACCCACAAUAUCAUUUUUAAAUAUUUUAUUUAUUUUAACUGAUAUGAUACUUAAAUAUUAUAUAAAUAUUUGAGACAGUAACAACUAUAGAGUAAAUUGUUCCUGGUGUAGCUAUUUGGUGCUCACUUGCAUUUCUGUUUAUUACCUGAAAUCAGUGACAAACUUACAUCUUUGAUAUAAAGCACUGCCAUAUUUACAUUUUAAAAGGAAGUUGAAUAUUUUCUCUGCAGCUCAGAUUAGUGACAUCGUUCCUGUCCUGUGAUAGCAUUGAGGUUCCAGUAUUUCUGAGCUGUCUUUUAAACAUAUAGCAAAUUGUCAUCUUUUAUAUACUCUUAGCUCCCCACAGAAUAAAUAAGUGCUGUUUUCAGGCUGUGGACGAAAUGAUUGGGGCUGUGAGAAUGCUAUGACCAGAGAAUAGAUAAUACACAGAAAUCGCGAGAAGCCCCGGCAACAUUGAUGUGAUGGGGCAUUAAAGUUAGAGCGAAUGUUUAAGGAAAUUCUCAUGUUCCUUAGUCAUUUCAAACUAAAGUACAAAAGUGUGAUUAGUCUUUAGAUCAAAGGAAUAGAAUUGCCCAAAGCAGGUAUUUCUAGCAAGUUUGAAGUGGUUUUAGUUCAUUCUAAACUAUGUACCAAUUAGUGUAAUUCCCUCCCUUGAGAGCAAAUACUGGAUUCUAGAUAAAAUAGUAGUUGGCACCAUCUGGUACUAUCUGAGGAGUUCUGUCGGACUCCCUUAACCUAUGAUGGGGAGUAUUGCCAUGGUGCUGUGGUCACUGAUGACCUCCACUGAAGUGAUUCUCUGCAUUCAGCAGCGUAGUGAUUUCCAAAGUCCCCAUUUGCUGCUAUUAUAACCCUCUGAUGCGCCCAGACAAGAGAAUUUCCUCAUAUCGUUUCCUUGUGUCUGGACAUCAAAGGGUUAACAUUUUGCAGGAAGUGAUUUUAAAAUUUAAACUGAAAACUACCUGGUAUCAGAAUCUUCCUGUGGAUUAUAUACAUAUAAUCCAGUGCCAGGAAAAAACAAACAAAACAAAAACCAUGACUUACAAAAUACUUUGCAUCUAAGAUGUUUCACUGUGGUUUUGGUUGUUAAUGGCUUCUCCUUUCUUUUGACUACUUGACUUACAGUGAUCUGAUACGACUACUCCUCUGAAGAGCAGAGGGAAUCGACUGCUUCUUUCAGAUGGUUACGUUUUUGUGCUAUUUUUGAAAAUAACAAUCAUGAAUAACACUCAUUGCAAGACAGCAAGAGAGAUAAUUUGCUAUAUAUACAUAUAUAUAUAUUGAUUUUUAAAUGCUGCCUUAAAUAGGUGUAUAUGAGCAGUAGUAAUUGCUAUGUACUGAUUUACCUCAAGGUGCAAAAUAAUUAAACUUGUAAAUACCCAUUUACAAAAUCAAUUCAGAGAAAAGCCCUGCACUUUCUUAGAUGCCUUGAUUUUCAGAGUAGAGCUUAGAGCUACUGAACACCACGGCCGUGGAGCCGCCUCAGGAUUCUCUUCCCUCCACUAUAUUUUAUUUAUUUAUAGAUGUGUGUUUACAGAGACUAUAAUAAAUCCUGGUGUUAACUAUCUGAAAUUUACUUCCUUUUUAUUGCUGUUUCAACCUAAAGUAGGAGCUUUUGAGAAAACAGUAAGUUAGCUUCCUGAUGGUAAAGGGGUGAUUCUGUAUCUAUUUUUAAUAAUCUUAGAUAUGCAAAAGUGAAGUACAAGGUCUUUAAGACAUUGUGAGUGUUCGUGUAUGUGUGUGAAAUCACGCUUAAAUCUCUUAGCUUUUUAAGCUUGUGGCGUACCAAUGUUCAGAUUUGCCAAGCUUUCUCUAAGACAUAUAGGAUGAAGUGUUUUUGUGUGCUAAUGCAUGUAUUUAUUACGAUUUGUUUCCUGCUGAGAAUCACUAACUCUUGUUUCUCCAUUCCCCAAAGUGUUUGUUUCUUCCACACACUGAAAGUUGUGGCUUGAGUAUACGGUUUCUGGCUUUCCUUUCACAAAGGCAGGUUCAAAAUUCUGCAGAAAGAACAGUCACCGACAUGAGGUGUCCCACUGAGUUCCUGUUGAGGUUUCAUGAGUGUGCACCGCUCAGCAGUUCAGAAUCUGCAUCCUGACAAAGUGCUCAGAGUGGGAUACGUGAGCCAGCAAUCAGCAACGUGAUUCAAAUGUGUUUACAUGAAGUCAGUUACAUGUCUGAGAUUGAUUCACGUAGGCUUUAUCAUUGUUAUCAUUUGUACUGCAGAGAAGUGAAUCGUCUUCAUUUAGUCAAACAGUUACUUAUUUUUAGAAAGUAAAUGCAUUCAAGUUUUCAUAUAGUGUUCCAGUCACAAGAUUUGAUUGUUUUCACUGUAAGGUCCUUUUUAACUUUCCGAAAAGUAAAUUGUCAAAUAAAAUCAUGUAAAGAUUAUUUUAAAAUUGUACAUGUACUUAGACUUCAAGCCCCAAUUCUAUGGUUUUUAAUUAUAUGUUUUGCACAUUGAUUGUUUCUGUGUAGCUUUCUUUUGUUCCUUUGUUUAUUCAAAAAUUUUGGCUUUGUAAGGGUAAUGUGUCUUACAGUGUUUACUAUGUUAGGUUUAAAUUAAAAUUCAGAUUUAUUGUCCAUUUAUAUAAUAUUUGAUACCUUGGUGUGAUUUCCCAAUACAGUUACAAUGUUUAUGGUGUUUAUAAUUGCAAUGGUAUUUUCUUUUGUAAUAAAAAAUCCAAAGUCAAUUAAACAAAUUGUAGAUCUGAUAUUUUUCAUUUAUGUGAAGUACAAGUCUACCUGAGUCUAUAAUGUGAGCCAUCCUGCCUUUCACAUUUGUUUCCUAAUUUUUAGAGAAAACUAUUUUUUGUAGAUGUUAUUGAAAGUUGAAAGAGCAAUAAAAGUCUGCAUAGCAA